AACCGCUUCGGGUUGCGAUUUCUUACCCACGAGUCGAUUGACCGAGGUGGUUCUAUGAGAAUUCAAUUCGGCUGUACAUCCUGUACAUUUCUACCUUUUUUGUUUCAUGAAUCCGUGCAUGCCAGAUCUCUGCGCGGCGUUUGAUAUUUGCAUUUACCGCGCGAUGUAAAUAUAGGGGGUCUAUUUGCAAUUAUCCGACGAAUCUAAUUCCGACCGAGGUACCACAAUGAUGCCGACUAUGCCACCCGACUCACAUAAGAUAUCAUUGAAGAUCAUAGAGGCGAUCAGACAACACCCGGUACUAUAUGUUUCAGAAGUCAAAGGACCUACCGUGAAGCUGCAAGAUUUCAGGCAGAAAGUCUGGAAACAUAUCUCGGAUGAGCUGGGAUUGGAUCCUGGAUGGGUGAGACUCCGAUGGAAAAAUCUGAGAGACACGUAUUGCCGUAUUUUAAAGUAUAAGGUUAAAUCGGAUAAGGGAGUACGGCGAAAGAAGUGGAUCUUUGAGGAUCACUUGAGCUUCCUCAAGUUUCCGUCUGAGUGCGUGGAAUUAACGGAGGAGUAUAUUCAGCGCAUUAAUGACGGUGGGAUAAGUUCCGAGGGCCUGUUGGAACAACUAGAGGACAGGAACGACGAGGACUACAAUGAUUAUUUGGAAGUGUUGGAAGAGACGACCGCGGAUCCAGUGGCCAAUCCCUUGGAAAAAGACGAUCAGCAAUAUUCGUUGCAACUCUCUGAGAACGAUUCCAAUCGUGUGCAGGAUAACGACGUGGACGCCUAUGCUCAGCAGAUUCAGUCCAAGUAUAGAAAAAUAAGACCCAAAAGGGCGAAGUUGGAGCAGAAAGCACCUCUGAUCGAGGGGACGUCCGUGCUCAAGAGUCCUUGCCUCAAGUCCAGCCCUAAUUUGCCCAUUGCCGAUGGUUCCAUGAUCGGAAAUCAAAUUUUCGUGACGAGUUCCACGCUUUUGUCCGCCACAUCCUCACCCAUUAAAGCUGGUAAUGAUAAGACAGGCGAUUCGAGCCUAGAUUCGAAUCAAACGUUCGCAUCGACCGAAAGUAAAAGCAGUAUCGAGCUGUUCUUCGAGAGUAUGGCUCAAACCGUUAAACGAUUACCUCCCAAGGCACAAGCCGAUGUGAAGAUGAACAUUUGCAAAAUCGUGACCGAGGCUGAAGUCAAGUAUUCCGUGCAGAAUAUGACGCAAGGUACUCAACAGUUCAUUGCACCUCCUGGUAUGAUACCGAAGUUAGUUCUGAUACCUUGUAAUAUGAUUGACAAUCAGAGUAAUAAGGGUUGACAGUACCUCGUGAUAAAUGUAAAGUUGAGUCCUAUUUGUUAUAAAGUGCGAGGAAUGAGUCCUUUCGUCGCGUUAUAUCCUGUUUGUACAUGGAAGUGAUACCGAAACGUGCUCAUGUGACACUAAUCGACAGGAUGACUGUGGCAUAAAAAAAAAAGUGACAGAAAAAACGAUGCAGAGAUGAAAGAAACAGAAAUAAAAUAUACGUUUAAUAUUAA